AUCAGGAAUGAAAUCACAGCUUCAGAUUACUGUUAUCUCAGCAAAAUUAAAAGAAAAUAAAAAUAAAUGGUUUGGACCUAGCCCUUAUGUGGAAGUCUCAGUUGAUGGACAGUCAAAGAAGACAGAAAAAUGCAACAAUACAAAUAGUCCGAAGUGGAAGCAACAUCUUACAGUAAUUGUCACCCCUGUCAGUAAAUUAAACUUUCGAGUCUGGAGCCAUCAGACAUUAAAGUCUGAUGUUCUGCUGGGUAGUGCUACUCUAGACGUUCGUGAGACAUUGAAAUCAAACAAUAUGAAACUUGAGCAAGUGAUUGUGACAUUGCAGCUUGUCAGUGACCGAGAACCAGCAGAGGUAAUAGGAGACUUGUCUGUUUGUCUGGAUGGGAUGCAGGUAGAUCCUGAGCUCCUAACUAAUGGUGAUGCCACAAGUAUAAGAAGUCCCACGCAGAAUGAUGGUUCCAGAGCAAGAAAUGACACAAGGACUAAUGCAAAUGGCCUUGAAAGCUAUGAGGAUGCAGAAUCCAGUGAAAGCACGACUAUUAAUGGCAGUGAUUCUCCGUUACUCACAAACGGAGGCUUUAAACCUACUAGGCCACCUCGGCCCUCCCGACCACCUCCACCCACUCCUCGUAGACCCUCUUCUGCAGCUGGCUGUGUCAAUGGUCCUUCAUCUAUGUCCAUAGAAAAUGAUGGGUCCAGUGCAGGAUCAUCACCAAGUAUAACUCCAAAUGCUCCUUCAGAACAGAGCCCUGAGGGGGCAACAGCUGGAACAACAGUGCCUGCAUCUUCUGGUUUGGCUACACCUCCAAUAUCCAGACAAGUGCAGUCAGUAAAUCCUCCAUCUCAGCCACCCAGUACAGUCAGCCAAGGUCCUCUUCCACCUGGAUGGGAGCAAAGAGUGGACCAGCAUGGCCGAGUAUACUAUGUAGAUCACGUUGAAAAAAGGACAACGUGGGAUCGGCCGGAACCUCUUCCUCCAGGCUGGGAGCGCCGAGUUGACAACAUGGGGAGAAUUUAUUAUGUCGACCAUUUCACUCGAACGACAACAUGGCAGCGGCCAACAUUGGAAUCUGUUCGGAAUUAUGAGCAAUGGCAACUUCAACGGAGUCAGCUUCAAGGAGCUAUGCAACAGUUUAAUCAGAGGUUCAUAUAUGGGAACCAAGAUAUUACUUCUACUCAGAACACAGAGUUUGAUCCUCUUGGCCCCUUGCCACAUGGAUGGGAAAAGAGAACUGACAGCAAUGGCAGAGUGUAUUUUGUCAAUCACAACACACGUAUCACACAAUGGGAAGAUCCCAGAAAUCAGGGUCAAUUAAAUGAGAAACCAUUGCCAGAGGGUUGGGAAAUGAGAUUUACUGUCCGCACUGGAAAAUCUGCUCUAGACAAUGGACCCCAGAUUGCUUAUGUGCGUGACUUCAAAGCGAAGGUCCAGUAUUUCCGGUUCUGGUGUCAGCAACUGGCCAUGCCACAACACAUUAAGAUUACUGUGUCCAGAAAGACAUUGUUUGAGGACUCAUUUCAGCAGAUAAUGAGCUUCAGUCCCCAGGAUUUGCGAAGACGCUUGUGGGUCAUUUUCCCUGGAGAAGAAGGUUUAGAUUAUGGAGGUGUUGCAAGGGAAUGGUUCUUUCUGUUGUCACAUGAAGUGUUGAACCCAAUGUAUUGCCUGUUUGAAUAUGCAGGAAAGGAUAACUACUGCUUACAGAUAAACCCAGCUUCUUAUAUUAACCCAGACCAUCUGAAAUACUUCCGUUUUAUUGGCAGAUUCAUUGCUAUGGCUUUGUUUCAUGUGAGAUUCAUAGACACAGGUUUCUCUCUGCCAUUCUAUAAGCGUAUGCUAAACAAGCCAACAGGACUCAAGGAUUUAGAAUCUGUUGAUCCAGAAUUUUACAACUCUCUCAUCUGGGUAAAAGAAAAUAACAUUGAAGAAUGUGGCUUGGAAAUGUAUUUCUCAGUUGAUAAUGAAAUUCUAGGUGAAAUAAAGAGCCAUGAUUUGAAACCUAAUGGUAGCAACGUUCUGGUCACAGAAGAAAACAAAGAGGAAUAUAUUAGGCUGGUGGCAGAUUGGAGAAUCUCCCGUGGUGUUGAAGAACAGACACAAGCUUUCUUUGAAGGCUUUAAUGAAAUUCUUCCACAGCAGUACUUACAGUACUUUGAUGCCAAGGAACUAGAGGUGCUUUUAUGUGGAAUGCAAGAGAUUGACUUGAAUGACUGGCAGAGACAUGCCAUCUAUAGACACUACACCAGGACAAGCAAACAGAUUAUGUGGUUUUGGCAGUUUGUGAAAGAAAUAGACAAUGAGAAGAGAAUGCGACUAUUGCAGUUUGUUACAGGAACGUGCAGAUUACCAGUUGGAGGAUUUGCGGACCUGAUGGGGAGCAAUGGACCCCAAAAGUUUUGUAUUGAAAAAGUUGGAAAAGAAAACUGGUUACCUAGAAGUCAUACUUGUUUCAAUCGCUUGGACCUGCCUCCCUACAAGAGUUAUGAGCAGUUGAAGGAAAAAUUAUUAUUUGCAAUUGAAGAAACAGAAGGAUUUGGGCAAGAGUAAUCACAUGUGAAUUUGCACCCCAAAGAACGUGGACUUGUGUGGUAUCCGUUCUUCACUUCCUCUGCUUGUUGCACAUCUCGUUGUAAAGUAGACUUGACUAGGAUUUAUUUAAACAAUUACUAGUGUGCAAGUAAAUGGAUGUUAUUCUGAGACUUCAUCCCCACUAACUCUGGAUUUCUACCGAGCCCUUCCAGAAACCAAAUCAGCAAAUAAUUCAUCUGCAAAUGCAAUCUGACCUCACUAGAGAUGUAAUACAGCUCUCGCUCUGCUUUGUUUCACUAUUUGUUAAUUCGAAUGCAUCCUCCUUAAUGACAGUGUUUUAAAACUAGUCUUUCUUUCCUUUUUAGUAGCAUUUCUUUUGCUGCUGAUGCAUUGGGAAGUCCAUUGGUAGCUGCAAUGUGGCAGCAUCUUCAUAAGCCUCUUUACAACAGUGUUACUAGAGCCACCUUGUAACCAGCCUCUGGGUACUAGAAGCAGAUCCAUUGCUUGUGUUGCUGUUUCUUGCUCAAGUGUAACCUGAUUUUUCCCUCUGGAGCCUGUUUAUAUUUCUUCUUGAUUCAGAUCAUUACUAAGGGGAUGCAGAACUACUGCACACGUCCAGGACAGAGCUUUGUUGUUGUGUUGAUUUUUACAAAAAAUCCUGUUAAUUCUAGCAUGAUAAAAGCCUCUCUGAGGUGGUUGCUAUAUUUUGAGCAUCCUCUCCUAUCUCUGAAGAAUUUUGAUCCAUUUCCAUAUAAGACACGCACUUAACGUCAGAUACAAUAUUAACACUGUGGUUAUUCAACACUUAUUUUGCAAAAGAUAAAACCACCUGGGAUUGCAAGUGAAUGCAUUGCAGAUUGAUGUUUCUUGUCAGAUGAAUUAAUGGAAAAUAGACUCGAUGUGGCUGUUAAGUGCCCAGUCAAAUAGUUUUCUUCUAAGACUUUAUCCAGCUGUCAGGAAGAGUCAGUGUAGCUGGAUCUAAAACAUGCUACAAAGUGGUCUCAAAAUUACAUUGUUUCUAAUUUUGGUGGCAAAUUGAUGUGCUGUAGUUGGUUAAGAGACUGUCAGUACUGGCCAGUUUAGUCAGAGAUUAAAGACUGCCCAAUGUUGUAGUAUCAGUAAAUUCAGUGACUCUGUAGAGGUUAGAACUAAUGUGUUCAGACUAAUUCAUCCCUGAGUUGCUUCCAAGUGAUAACUGUUUUCUUCUGAUUUGGAUAACAUCUUUGACUUCCAGUUGUAAUCUGUUAGUAUCACGAUACUCUAGCAGCAUGCAGUAGUUUUUUACAUUAUAUUUCCUCUUCUGGAAUUAAUGCACUUUCUGUAUAUGAUCAGCUCUCUCCCUGGCCUUCCUCCCUUAGAUCAGAUGUGGCCAAUAAUUUUUGCGGGAGGGACACUGCACGAACUUUGGUUCGUGGUCAUGGGCCAGCUCUGGAAGGGGGCAGAGGCCUCCGGUGGAAGGGAAGGUUCCUUCUAGGCCCCUGGCGAGGGGAGGAUACUUUGUGUGUUCCUCUGCUCCAGGCUAAUCAUGGUCUGGGGGCAGGGGAGCAUGCAAAGUCUCUCACCCCACGCCCUGCCAGGGGCACCUAAGGGGAACAGCUGGCAGUUUCCUCUAGGUGCCAUGUGCCCAUGG